CAAAAUACACACCGUGCAUCCUCCCAUUAUAGCAAAGCAUUCGUUUCAACAAAACCUCAAUAUCUCCAAAAGUGAAAAGAUGUUUACGAAAGCAAUUUUCCUAAUGCUAUCAGGAGUCAUAGCCUUGACAAUGAUCGUCUAUAUCAGACACAUCUCAUCAUACGGGAUAUAUCAAUAUGACAUGUCUCCCUGGACACGUCCAUACGAUUCGAAACAAAUGAGUCUAGAAAAUAAUACCAACAACAACAAUCGAAGUAAAAGUAGGAAUAUACAAAAUAUUUUCACACAUGACAUGACAGGAUCUCAUGAAGACGAUUAUAUGGAUACGUUUAAUACAAGUACAGAGGCCCCCUGUGAAACAUUUGCUCAAUUCAUUAAUCCGGAGAACGUGGAUCGAGAUCAUUCAGCAUCAAAAAUUGUGGAACAAGGCAAAACAUUUAAUAAAUUACCAGCACUUCCAUAUCAAAACCGUUUCCUCAAUCCACCAGAUUAUAUUUGGUCGAGGAAUUUUGUGAAGGAACUUCAAUGUUUACUAACUCGUAUUGUGUCUAAGAAGAUUGUCAUAGUUACUGCAACUUCCGGUUUUGAAGAACGGGUUUUUAAUUGGUUAACUGCUGCUGUUAUAAAACUUUCUAAACCAAUAGAAAACAUUUUGAUCAUUAGUCUCGACGAUCCAUUCCAUAGGGAAAUCUCAAAAAGAGGUUUUUACCCACUCCAAGUGCAUGUGGAUGAUAUAAUUGCCCCUAAGCUACGGAAUAGACCAAGAAAAUCUAUUUGGGCAAUUCGGUUGGUUCUUUGGCGAAUAAUGCAUCAUAUAGGAUUUGAAAAAAUUAUAAACUUUGAUGCUGAUGCAAUUCCACUCCAAGACCCUUUACGUUAUUUUGACAAAUAUCCAAGGAGUGAGAUUAUUGCCAUGGCUGGAAGGUAUCCAGAAAUCAUUAGCCAGAAAGUUGGGUUUACAUUGAAUAUGGGGACCUGUCAGCUCCGUGAUUCACACUUCAUGCGUGUGUUUUGGGACGAGGUCGCACGACAGAGUGACAAAUCCGACAGACCUGCUGAUGACCAAUAUAUCAUUAACUACACCCUAUUUAUCAAAGACAUAGAGUGGAAUAUAGUAAGCUCUCAUAGAAGCUUUCCAUGGCAUAACGAAAGUGCAGUUAUGCAUCGUGAUGUUACCGGACAGACGGGAGAUGGAUUAAAUACUGUUGCCCUGUCAGCGGAGAAAUUCUGUAGAGCAACAUGUGUGCCUAAUAUAACCAAUAACCUGGUAGUUUCACAUCCACAACCAUCUAGAAUCUUCUUCAACUAUACAUCACCAAACUGGAAUACAUCAUCAACAUCAAAAGGACUGGAAUGGUUGAAAAAUAAAUUUGCAGUUCAAGUUGAUGUGUAAAAUAAACAUCAAUUACUAAUAAAUUAUCCUUGCAUAUAUUUAUAUGUCAAAAUGUUUUAAUUUUAAGGACUAGUAGUCGAUAAUAUUUAUAAGAAAUAGAGAGAUUUCGCAACUCACUUAUAGCAUGUUUAUUAUUCCUGUGUAACGUAUAACUAAUGACGCGUUUCAUUACGUCACCAUUUAUUGCGCAGCUCUAUAUGUCCAUGAGUGAGAAAAUAUUUAAGCGAUGCACUUGUAUGGCAAUUGGUCAUACGUAUGGGUUGGCGUUUCGAUUUUAUAUGCAAGCUUAAACUCCUUAUUCUUACGUGUAGACGACGGUGCAUACGAAUAUGACACUUCUGGACGUAUAGAGAUAGAACUGCACAAUAAAUGAUGACAUAGUCAAUUGCUUUAUAAGUUAUCCGGGAAUAAUAAACAUGAUAUA